UUCCUCUUUCAACCCAAAAAACCAAGUAAAAGAAAACACUUCUCUUUCCUUCGAUGGCUGCCUCUUCAAUGGCUCUAUCUUCCCCAUCUUUCGCCGGACAGGCAGUCAAGUCCACCCCCGAAUUCACCAGCUCCGGCAGGAUCUCAAUGAGGAAAACCGCCGCCAAGCCCAAGCCCGCCGCAUCCAGCAGCCCAUGGUACGGCCCUGACCGUGUCAAGUACUUGGGCCCAUUCUCCGGUGAGGCACCUAGCUACUUGACCGGUGAGUUCCCCGGCGACUACGGCUGGGACACCGCCGGACUUUCCGCCGACCCCGAGACAUUCGCCAAGAACCGUGAACUUGAAGUGAUCCACUCCAGGUGGGCCAUGCUUGGUGCUCUUGGAUGUGUCUUCCCCGAGCUUUUGGCACGCAACGGUGUUAAAUUCGGUGAGGCGGUUUGGUUCAAGGCCGGAUCACAAAUCUUCAGUGAGGGUGGGCUCGAUUAUUUGGGCAACCCAAGCUUGGUCCACGCCCAGAGCAUAUUGGCCAUAUGGGGUGUCCAGGUUGUAUUGAUGGGAGCUAUUGAGGGCUACAGAAUUGCCGGUGGGCCCCUCGGUGAAGUUGUCGACCCACUUUACCCGGGUGGUAGCUUCGACCCAUUGGGUCUUGCUGAGGAUCCGGAAGCUUUUGCCGAGCUAAAGGUGAAGGAGCUGAAGAAUGGAAGACUAGCAAUGUUCUCAAUGUUCGGAUUCUUUGUUCAGGCUAUUGUUACCGGAAAGGGUCCGUUGGAGAACCUUGCUGACCAUCUUGCCGACCCCGUUAACAACAAUGCAUGGGCCUUCGCCACAAACUUUGUACCCGGAAAGUGAAGUUUGUACUAAAAUUCGGAUUGUUGAAUGAUGAUGUAAAGUUUUAAUUGCUUGAAUAUAAUGUUAUUCUGAACAUUUUUUUUCUGUUGCUA